AUGCGAAGUUUGAAGCUUGCUGAAGGUUGUAAAGGCACACAAGUAUAUGCACUUAACCCAUCGGCUCCUACUCCGCCUCUUCCGCCUGGUAACGGCGGCGGAGGCACCGGAGGAGGAGUCGGGGAUAAGCUCCUGCAACACAUCCAAGAUCAUCUCCGUGUCAAUUCGGUCCGAUCUAAAUCCAGCCGGUCAUACACGGCUCCGAAUCAAGCAAACGCCGUCGUGUCUCCCGAGUCGCUCCUCCCGUUCGGACUCCCCGUCACGGAUCUGCUCGAGCCUCAAAUCGAUCCUUGCCUAAAAUUCGCCGAUUUGAUCGAGAAGAUGGCCGAAGUCUACCGUCGGGUCGACAAUUGCACGCAGCUCGAGAAAUCCGGAGCCUAUUUAGAACAAUGCGCAAUAUUCCGGGGAUUAUCUGAUCCGAAACUAUUCCGACGGAGUCUCCGAUCGUCUAGGCAACACGCCGUGGACGUUCACGCGAAAGUCGUCUUAGCGUCGUGGCUCCGAUACGAGCGGAGGGAGGAUGAGCUGAUCGGAACAAGCUCAAUGGAUUGCUGCGGCAGAAACUUGGAAUGCCCAAAGGCGACUCUUGUUCCCGGGUACGAUCCGGAAUCCGUUUACGAUCCAUGUAUCUGCUCCGGAUCCUCCAGGUUAGAGAUGAACGAUGAUUGUGAUGUUGCCGAAUGUUCGACUUCCGAGGAAGUAGACUACGAUAUGUCCUUCUGUAUCGGCGACGAAGAGGUUCGUUGCGUAAGGUACAAAAUCGCGUCUUUGUCGAGACCUUUCAAGUCAAUGCUCUACGGAGGAUUCCGAGAAACGAAGCGAGGGACGAUCAAUUUCACGCAAAACGGAAUCUCUGUGGAAGGGAUGAGAGCUGCGGAGAUGUUCAGCAGGACCAGCAGGUUAGAUAACUUCCCUCCUAAUGUCGUCUUGGAGCUCCUGAAGCUCGCGAAUCGGUUCUGCUGCGACGAAUUGAAAGCCGCUUGCGAUUCGCAUUUGGCGUGUCUUGUUAAUAAUCUUGACGAGGCCAUGUUGUUGAUCGAGUAUGGAUUGGAAGAAGCUGCGUAUCUUCUUGUGGCGGCUUGUCUUCAGGUCUUUCUCAGGGAAUUGCCGAGCUCGAUGCAUAAUCCAAACGUGAUAAAGAUCUUCUGCAGCGUCGAGGGAAGGGAGAGACUUGCGUCUCUUGGCCACGCUUCUUUUGCAUUGUACUUCUUCUUGAGCCAGAUCGCUAUGGAAGAUGAUAUGAAAUCCAACACGACCGUGAUGCUUUUGGAGCGUUUAGUUGAAUGCGCGGUGGAGAAUUGGGAGAAACAGCUUGCUUACCAUCAAUUAGGAGUGGUGAUGCUUGAGAGGAAAGAGUACAAGGAUGCUCAGAGAUGGUUCAACGCAGCGGUUGAAGCUGGUCAUCUCUACUCCCUCGUGGGGGUUGCUAGGUCGAAGUUCAAGCGUGAUCAUAGGUACUCGGCUUAUAAGAUCAUCAAUUCGCUGAUCUCAGAUCACACGGCUACUGGGUGGAUGCAUCAGGAGAGGUCUUUGUAUUGCAGUGGUAAAGAAAAGCUGCUUGAUUUGGAUACAGCUACAGAGUUAGACCCGACUUUGACGUUCCCCUACAAAUUCAGGGCAGUGGCAUUGGUGGAGGAGAAUCAGUUUGGGGCAGCCAUCUCCGAGCUGAACAAGAUUCUUGGAUUCAAGGCAUCUCCUGACUGUCUGGAGAUGAGGGCAUGGAUUUCAAUAGGGAAGGAGGAUUAUGAAGGUGCUUUGAAAGAUAUUCGAGCACUGUUGACGUUGGAGCCGAAUUUCAUGAUGUUCAACUGGAAAAUCCCUGCUGACAAUAUGGUGGAGCUGCUCCGUCCGUUGGCUCAUCAGCGGAGCCAGGCUGAUUGCUGGAUGCAGCUGUUUGAUCAUUGGUCUUCUGUGGAUGAUAUUGGAUCUCUAGCUGUUGUUCAUGACAUGCUUGCGAAUGAUCCAGGGAAUAGUCUUUUACGGUUUAGACAGUCUCUUCUUCUGCUAAGGUUAAAUUGUCAAAAGGCGGCGAUGCGUAGUCUAAGGCUAGCUAGAAACCAUUCAAAGUUGAAGCAUGAGAGGCUUGUGUAUGAAGGAUGGAUAUUGUAUGAUACAGGGCACCGCGAGGAAGCCCUGGCCAAGGCUGAGGAGUCCAUAUCUCAGCAGAGAUCUUUUGAAGCGUUUUUCCUCAAAGCUUAUGCUCUUGCAGACUCUACGCUCGACCCGAAGUCCUCAGAUUACGUUAUCCAGCUCCUUGAAGAAGCACUUCGUUGCCCUUCAGAUGCUCUCCGUAAGGGACAAGCUCUGAACAAUCUGGGGAGCGUAUAUGUGGAUUGUGAUAAGCUGGAUCUUGCAGCUGAUUGCUACACGAACGCGCUCAACAUCAAGCACACACGAGCUCACCAAGGUCUUGCUCGUGUUUAUCAUCUGAAAAAUCAACGCAAAGCUGCUUACGAUGAGAUGACAAAGCUAAUAGAGAAGGCUCAGAACAAUGCAUCGGCAUAUGAGAAGCGCUCUGAGUAUUGUGACCGCGAGAUGGCACAGAGCGACCUUAGCCUGGCAACACAACUAGACCCUCUCCGAACCUAUCCUUACAGAUACAGAGCUGCAGUUCUUAUGGACGACCACAAAGAACAUGAAGCCAUAGACGAGCUUUCGAAGGUGAUAUCUUUUAAACCAGAUCUCCAGCUGUUACAUCUACGAGCAGCAUUCUAUGAUUCAAUGGGAGAAGGAGCAUCUGCUGUCAAAGACUGUGAAGCAGCAUUGUGUAUUGAUCCAGGUCAUGCAGAUACACUCGAUCUCUACCACAAAGCACGCGAACCAAAUGCUACAGACCAAAAGUAG